AAACAAAUAGAUAGAUAUACAAAGAAGAUGUCAGCAGAUACUACAGCAACAGCCAAUAGAAGAUUCGAGGAUCUACAUCUUGCACCUUGGUUAUUGUCAAGUUGCAAGCAACUUGGAUUCAAGGCCCCAUCGAACAUUCAAUACAACACCAUCCCAAAGAUUCUAGAGGGACGCGAUAUACUUGCCAGUGCAAAGACUGGACAGGGAAAGACGGCGGCAUUCGCCUUGCCCAUCCUCUCAAAGCUCUCUGAAGACCCUUACGGUGUGUUUGCAAUCGUCCUAACGCCAACACGUGAGCUUGCCGUUCAGAUUGGCGAGCAGUUCAAUGCACUGGGCUCGGCGAUCAACAUCAAUUGCUGCGUAGUCAUUGGAGGCAUUGACAAUGUAUCACAGUCACUCAUACUCGAGAAGCGUCCACAUAUCAUCGUUGCAACACCAGGUCGUCUUGCAGCACAUCUCACCAAUGGACUCAAGAUAUCACUUCAAUUCUGUCGAUUCCUCGUUCUAGACGAGGCUGAUCGUAUGCUUGGUGCAGACUUUGAACUCGAAGUACAGAAAAUAGCAGAGCAUCUACCAAAGGAUAUUCAGGUGAUGCUGUACUCUGCCACAAUGACUAACAAUGAGAAGAAACUGGGUAUCAUUGAGCUCAAGAAUCCAUUCACAUACGAAGAUAACUCAAAAUACGAUACAGUUGAUACUUUGAAGCAAGAGUAUAUAUUUAUGCCUGCACAGGCAAAGGAUUGCUACUUGGUUUAUUUGUUGAAGAAGCAUGAGAGGAGUUCUGUGAUUGUCUUUGUAAACAAUUGUAGAACUGUGGAGUCUGUCAAGGGAAUGUUGAACAAGUUGGACAUCAAGACCGUGUCACUGCACUCAUUCCUCUCUCAAAAGGAUCGUCUCAACGCACUGAAACAGUUCAAGUCUGGAAAGAUCAGAGUGUUGGUAGCCACUGAUGUGGCCAGUCGUGGAUUGGAUAUACCAGAUGUACAGAUAGUAGUCAAUUAUAAGUUGUCCAACUCAUCAAAGGACUAUAUUCACAGAGUUGGAAGAACAGCUAGAUUUGGAAGGAGUGGACGUGCGAUAUCAUUCGUCACACCUCAUGACGUGGAGCUGGUACAGAAUGUUGAGAAGGCCAUUGGCAAGCAGAUGGAAUUGUAUCAAACCAAUGACGAUGAGGUCUUUAGGCAUUUGAACGAGGCUUCAACUGCCAGGAAGAUGGUGGAAAUUUUCUUGGACGAAAUUGAGUUUGGAGUCAAGGAGAAAGAGAGAAGAGAUGAGAGGAAUGAGAUACAGAAGGAGUUGUUGGAUGCAAAGGAAAGGAAAGCUCAAACUGCUAAUGCUGAUACAUCAACAUCAUCAACUCAAUCGACCAAGACCAACAAGAAGAAGACAAUCGUUACAAAGACCAAGGCUGGUACAACACCCAAACAAUCAUCUGCCGCCCCAAUACCUGCUGCCCCUGCUACCACAACCACUACCACCACAACAACAUCCACAAAGAAAAGGACGACAGAGAGCAGAGAUCAUGAUGAUGACGAAGGAGGUAUAUCUUUAUUCAAGAAGAAGAGGACAACAAAGAAAUAA